ACAGGUUCCAAGCCUUACAGGAUCAACUGAAGGAAGAAAAACUACUAUGGAGGAUAACUGGAAAGGUAUCAAAGAAGCAUUAACUUCAACGUGUCAAAAGGUUCUGGACCUAAAGAAGCAUCAUCAUGAGGAAUGGAUCUCUGCAGGAACACUGGACAGGAUCAAAGAAAAGAAGGACAAGCUGAAUACAUAGAAGCAAACAAGCAAAUGAAGAAGAGCAUUGGAACCGAUAAGCAGAAAUACGUGGAAGAACUCGCAACGACGGUAGAGAAAGCUGCAAGAGAAGGAAAUAUGAAACAGGUUUACGAUACAACGAAGAAACUAGCAGGGAAAUAUAGUAAACCAGAGAGACCGGUCAAAUAAAAAGAAGGAAGACCAAUCACUGAGAUUCAGCAACAGCGGAACAGAUGGGCAGAGUACUUCGAGGAACUCCUGAAUAGGCCGGCUCCAAUGAAUCCACCGGAUAUCGAAGCAGCACACACAGAUCUUCCUAUAGAUGUCAAUCCACCAACGACGGGAGAAAUCGGAAUGGCCAUCGGACAAAUCAAGAGCGGGAAAGCAGCAGGAUCUGACAAUGCACCAGCUGAAACACUGAAGUCAGACACCGAAGUAACUACAAACAUGCUUCACCUUCUAUCCAAGAAGAUUUGGGAGGAGGAACAAGUGCCGAUGGACUGGAAGGAAGGACACUUGAUCAAGAUUCGAAAGAAAGGAGACCUGAGGGAGUGUGAAAACUACAGAGGCAUUACACUACUGUCAAUACCAGGAAAAGUCUUUAACAGAGUUGCUGAACCGGAUGAAAGACGCAGUAGAUGCCCAACUUCGAGAUCAACAAGCUGGAUUUCGUAAGGACUGGUCGUGUACAGACCAAAUUGCGACACUACGGAUCAUCUUCGAACAAUCAACUUAGUGGAAUUUGUCACUAUA